UGUCACAAAUAUGGAUCUGACUCAUGAUUGGCCAUUGCCUGUGCCAGCUCUACUGUUCUCUUGGUCAUGGGAACAAGAUGAACUUGCCCUGGGCCUUGCUACUUGUGCUCCUCUCUCACCGGCAACUCUUGCCAUGGCUCAGGACUGUGGGAGAGACAAGCUUAAAUGAUUUCUACAGCGAGGCUCAGGCUAAGUUGUUCCUGCAGUUUUAUGAGCAAACAGCCCAGGUCGUGUUGAAUGAGUUUAUGGAAGCCACUUGGAACUACGUCACCAACAUCACCAAGCAGAAUCAAAAGAACAUGCUGCAGAAGGAGGCGGACAGGUCUCAGUUUAUGUUAUACUUCAGCACCCGGGCCCGCAUGUUUAGGACAGACCAUUUCCUGAACCAGGACGUGAAGCGCAUGCUGAGGAAGCUGCAGAACAUAGACAAGUCGGCCUUGCCCACGGAGGAUCUCCUAGAGGUGACAGACAGAGGCCCAGGCCGCCCAGGCACACACACUCCAGCACCUGAGAGGAGGUACAACAGACUUCUGACCUACAUGGAGACAGCAUAUAACCGAGCUGAGGUGUGCCUGGAUGAGGGUCCCUGCUUGACCCUAGAGCCUGACCUCCAAGAAAUCAUGGCCACCUCCAGGGACCAGAAGGAGCUGCUGUGGGCCUGGCAGGGCUGGCGGGAUGCUGUUGGCCGACAACUCCGCCCUGUCUUUGAGGACUACGUACGUCUCAGCAACAAGGCUGCCCAAUAUAAUGGAUACAAAGACAUGGGGGCUUUAUGGCGAUCCAAGUAUGAAUCUGACACGCUGGAGGAAGACCUAGAGCAGCUCUAUAAGGAGCUGCAGCCUCUCUACCUGAACCUCCAUGCCUAUGUGCGCCGCUCACUGUACCGCUACUACGGGCCUGAGCUCAUUGACCUGAGGGGGCCCAUCCCUGCCCACCUCCUGGGGAACAUGUGGGCUCAGUCCUGGAAUAAUAUCCUAGAUCUGGUCCUGCCCUAUCCGACUAAAGCCCCAGAGGACAUCACAGCGAUCAUGAAGAUCCAGCACUGGAGGCCUGAGAAAAUGUUUGAAGAGGCUAACUUAUUCUUUACCUCAAUGGGCAUGCUACCCGCCCCGCCUGCUUUCUGGAUAAAGUCUAUGAUGGAGAAGCCAGCUGACGGGCGGGAAGUGGAGUGCCACACCUCAUCCUGGAACUUCUACAAGUUCAAUGACUUCAGGGUAAAGAAGUGCACGGAAGUGACCUUAGAAGACCUGCUCUCCGUCUUCCACCAGAUGGGCCAUAUCCAGUACUUCUUGCAGUAUCAGAAUCUCUCUGUCAUCUACCAGGAAGGUGCCAGCCCAGCCUUUGAAGAGGCUGUGGGGUCGGUGAUCGCCCUCUCAGUCUCUUCCCACAAGUACCUGCUCGCCAGAGGUCUGCUCAGCCAACCUCACCAGGAUUCAGAGGAGGAGGUCAACUUCCUGUUAGGCAUUGCCCUGGAGAAGAUUGCCUUCAUCCCCUUCAGCUACCUGGUAGACAAGUUUCGUUGGAAGAUCUUUGAUGGCACUAUUUCGAAGAUUACAUACAACCAGGAGUGGUGGAACUUCAGGUUGAAGUACCAAGGCCUGUGCCCACCUGUCCCUCGAUCAGACGAUGAUUUUGACCCAGGUGCCAAGUUUCACAUCCCUGCCAAUGUGCCCUAUAUCCGAUACUUUCUUGGUCUGAUACUGCAGUUUCAACUUCAUGAAGCACUAUGCGAAGCCUCCGGCCACGUGGGCCCUCUGCACCAGUGCGAUAACUACAACUCCAAGGUUGCAGGGAAGAUCUUGGGCUAUACUCCUGCUCUGAGAAGACCUUGAAUUCCAAGCUUGGACACCAUUCUCCAGGCAGUGGCAGAGGAGAAGCUUCCGAAAACGGGGAGGAGUGUCACCUCCAUCCGUCCAGGGAUGCAGGCCCUGGUGAGAUCACAUUAGGUCUUCUGGUUCCAAGGCCAGCUCUCCCACCACUGAGUUGGGGCAUCUACCCAGUGGCCGGAUCUCUGUUCUCUUGACUGCUAUUGAUUUGGGUCUGUGUCUUUAAUUGUUCAAUGAGUUUUGUUUCUGCCUUGCAGAGAGUUAGUGAUACUUGACCUAGCAUCCCCUGCAUGCAUUUUAGACUGUUAGUUGUACUUCUGGUCUUUUGAGAUAGGGUCUUGUAGCCCAGGCUAGCCUCAAACUUGAGAUCCUCCCACACUACCUCCCUGAAGUGCUGGGAUUACAGAUAUGUGUCACUUUGCCUGGCUUCUUUUAUAUAUGUAAUGAGGUUAUCUAUGGCUCCUCCAUGCCCUUUAACCAUCUGCAACCACCAGAUGGAGCAGAAGGUUUGGUCCUCUGGGCUUUGUUUCUAGAGAGGUCCAAUAAUAUGAGCAUCAUCACCACCAUUAUCACCACCCCCUGUCAGUUCUUCCUUCCUUUAUACAUAGGGAUAUGGAUGUACGCAUAUGGAUGUAUACACACACAAACAAGUGGGCUCUUCAUUCAACCUCUGCUGCUUGUAUUGUUCACUUAGCAUUUACUUGGAACAGGCCUGAUCAGUCUUCCUGUGUCCAGCAGAGGGCAAUAGACUACGAAAUAAACGAAUCCUAAACUACUAAAAAGAAGACUAAACAGAAGAGACUUUGCUGAAUAUGAAGAGGGUUAGGAAGUCCAGCAGGGAACCAAAGAAAAUGUCUGUCCCCAAAAGCAGACACAGAAGAAAAUGACGUGUGUUUUCUCCCCAGGAGCUCAUGUCUAACUCCCCUUUAUGCCUCUUGCUUGGAGGGACACUUGACGUCAGUCAUUCUCUCUACUUCCCUCUCUUACCCUACCCAGCGUACACAGGACUCUGUUUAACUAAACCCCAAAACACGUGACAUUGUUCAUCAGCCCCCACGCCCCUUCACUGUCUACACCCCUGGUCUAAAAGGACCCGGAAUUCCAGGCUGAGCAUCUUGUACACCAUUCACUGGGUAGUGGGCAGAAGAGAGCCUUCUA